UCAUCAACACACCACACGCACUUGCUCCUUUCUCUAAAAUCGAAACGGAAGAAAACAAACUAAACGUAAACUGGGACCAUUAUAUCCAUGACUGGAGGAACUGGUUUUUAAAUAUUUUUUAAUGACACUCUGUGGCACAGUGACUGCAGGUGUUUGUUCGCGAACCAGCACCUAAAAGCUGGCGGCAACAACAACCAACAAACUGCGAGUUUAGCUAACAUUACCUCAAAAAGAAGAAGCUAACACAAGAGCAACCUGGCGCGUUUCGGAUAAAGAGCAUUUAACAACUUAAACUGAGCAACAAGAUGGACUGCAGCACAGCUGACGUGCCCAAUGAUGUGGAACACGACUCUCCAGGGAACAGCAGCUCCUGCUCUGAUGAUGAUGUACCUCUCUCAGCGCUCACGACGAAGCCACACAGUAAGAAGAAACAGUCACGAGAAGACACACGCAGCUCCAAGACUAAUUCAGAAAAGGAAAAAAGUGCUCUGGAUGACUCUUCAGAUGAUGAGCCUUUGAUAAAAAGGAAAACAAUCUCUGCACCAGCUAAGAAACCAGAGAAAAAAGACACGUCGCUCAGAUCUAAUGGCACAGCUAACAAGAAAGCAGGUGGUACAGAUGAUGAUGAUGAUGAUGAUGAUGAUGAUAGGUCUGACAAUGAGCCUCUCAAGAAAAUUGCCAAAAAGGCCUCCAAAGCAGCAAAGAAGACUUCCUCCGUCUCUUCAGAAAAACCUGUUGAUUCUAAGAAGAAAGAAUCUCAAGAUGACGACGAUGGCUCGGACGAUGAGCCUUUGAGUGAACUUGCCGAGAAAAUUCACCCCAAACGUCAGAGAAAGGCAACACCAGUUAAUAAAUCUAAAAGGAACGCAGAGAGAAAAAAGGAUACGGAUAAAGAUGAUAGCUCUGACAAUGAGCCUCUCAAAAAAAAUGCCAAAAUAUCAUCUAAGGCUGCAAAGAAGACUUUUCCAGUCUCUCCACAAAAAUCUGUUGAUUCAGAAAAGGAAGAAUCUCUGGAUGACGACGGCUCAGACGAUGAGCCUUUGAAUGAACGUGCCAAGAAACCUUACCCCACACGUCAGAGAAAGGCACCAGGUACUCCAUCUGGAAAAGCGACCCCAGUUAUUAAAUCCAAAAGGAACGCAGCAAGGAAAGAGGUUAAAUAUGCAGAGUCUUCCACUGACAGCUCAGAUGAUGAACCACUGGCAACAAUCAAGAAGAAGUUAACAAAGGCUCCUAAAGAGAAAAAGACUUCAGACAACAGCAAGGAAAGACAACUUAAAGAAAAAUCACCUAAAGACUCUUCGUCCUCAGACAGCAGCUCAGAUGAAAGUUAUGUUCCAAUGGUGAACGCCAAUUCCAAGAAGAAGAAACCAGUGAAGAAAAACACAAAGAGGACAACUACAUCGCCAGGCAGAGCGUCCAGAAAGAGACGAGGACAUUCUGAUGAGAGCUCAGAGGAUGAACCCUUAAUUAGACUCGUGAAAAAGAAUCGCACAGGCAAACAAACGAAAAACAAACGGAAGGCUUCCCCCCUGAAGAAGAAGAAGAAGAACACAACUUCCAAAAAGUCAAAAAAGAUGCUUGAGUCAGAGUCUUCGGGCAACAGUUCAGACGAUGAUGAUUUAAUCACGGCAGCGAAACAUCCACAAGUUACAAAAAUCCUGAGAAUAAUACUAGAGAGGUGUGAUGGAGAAGAAGCUGGGGACACAGGAACAGGAGCCCUGGACAAAACCACUUCAGCAGAAACACAGAUUGCUGGAAAGAGCGAGGAGUCAGAAGGCUCAGCAAAAUCCGCUGAAGAAGAAUAAGCAGAUGAAACGAAGGUUAAAGAAAUGGCGUUUCACUGUUUUCUUUCACCAUUUGGACGGGGAAGUUCAAACCAUGAAGUGACGACAAAGUUUAAAGGACUUCAGAAAGUGUAAAUCUCUCAGAGAGACACCGCCUAAAAAAUUACAAUUAAUGUUCAUGUAAAGUGACUUAAAGUGUGUUUUAUAUACUAUACCUACAUCUUCAUGUUUAAUUUUGGGACCAGAUUUUGUAGGCUCCUUAAAGAUUUUAUGCACAGUCUUUGAUGUUGAUGUUUUACUAUUGAUGUUAUUUUACUAUUUCGGCACAUUGUUUGCACUUGCUGUCUCCUCUGGUUUAUUUUUUUUAAAGAGAAUAACGCAGUGCUCAUUAAUAUAAGCUACAUCCCUGCUUUCAUUUUAACUGUAAACUGCAUGCAGCAGUGCAAAUCUGUUGUGUUGGAUUAAACUGCUUUCACUAUAAAAAUU